UUGAAGAAAACGCUCGUGUCAGUCGCCAUACGCGUGUUCCUUACGGGAAAAUAUGCUGCGGGAGGUGAAAGCGGACGUUGAUGGCGCGUUUCCUGUGUGUUUUUAGCAAACUUGAGGGAUCUGGGGCCAGCUAACUUGCGCUGGAGCGAUGAAGGGAGAGGCGGAAGUGAAGUCACUUGACAGACCGUCCAUGUUAUUAUUGUUAUUUUGGUAGCCUUGUGAUGAGAAGGGCUGGAGAGCCCGUUGGUCUCCGAGACAACAACGACCGUUAACGCUGCCGCAGGUCGCCCCGGACCGACACCACCCUCACCCACCGCCUCGCUGACCCGGAGACAGGAGCCUCGCUGACGGCUGGGUGGGGGGAGGGAGGGUGCGAGGACCCAGCUCCAGCUCGGCUCCUUACACUCCGACCGACCAAAAAUAAAACGGCGACAAAAACAAUAACGGCAUUCGUCAAACGGCUCGGCUGGUGUCUGUGCGGUUUGUAGCAGGGACGUGCCGCCGCAGACAUGAACGGUAUCACCAAGGGCCGGUUCGAGGAAUAGGAGUAUGACUGCAGAGAGGAACUCCCUGCUCGGGAAUGCUGCUCUCCUGGCACAGGGAACGAGGGCACCAGAAUGCUGAGGUGUUCUCAAACAGCGAUGAAGCCCCCAUUAACAAGAAGCUCCCCAAAGAGCUUCUUCUUAGAAUAUUCUCCUAUCUAGAUGUGGUUACACUCUGUAGGUGUGCCCAAGUAUCCAAGGCAUGGAAUGUCCUGGCCCUAGAUGGCAGCAACUGGCAAAAGAUCGACUUGUUCAACUUCCAGACAGACAUAGAGGGGCGGGUGGUGGAGAACAUUUCAAAGCGUUGUGGAGGCUUCUUGAGGCAGCUGAGCCUCAGGGGCUGCCUGAGCGUGGGAGAUGCCUCCAUGAAGACGUUUGCUCAGAACUGCAGAAACAUCGAAGUUUUGAACCUGAACGGCUGUACCAAGAUCACAGACAGCACCUGCCUCAGCCUCAGCAAGUUUUGCUCCAAACUCAAACACCUAGAUCUCACCUCGUGUGUGUCCAUCAGCAACCACUCCCUCAAGGCCCUCAGUGAUGGAUGCAGAAUGCUGGAGAUGUUGAACCUGUCAUGGUGUGACCAGAUCACUCGUGAUGGCAUCGAGGCUCUGGCUAGAGGCUGCACCGGUUUACGAGCACUGUUCCUCAGAGGCUGCACACAGCUGGACGAUGGAGCAUUGAAACACCUUCAGAAACACUGCCCAGAACUUACCACCAUCAAUAUGCAGUCUUGCACACAAAUAACAGAUGAAGGCCUGGUCAGUCUGUGCCGAGGAUGCCACAAGCUACAGAUCCUCUGCGUGUCUGGCUGCAGUAACAUCACGGAUGCCUCCCUCACUGCACUGGGACUCAACUGUCCCCGACUCAAGAUUCUUGAAGCUGCACGAUGCUCCCAUGUUACAGACGCAGGGUUCACAGUGCUGGCCAGGAAUUGUCAUGAGCUUGAAAAAAUGGACUUAGAAGAAUGUAUUUUGGUGACAGAUAACACCCUGGUUCAGCUGUCUAUCCACUGCCCUCGCCUGCAAGCACUGGUAAACAUUUACACCUGUAGUUCUGAUUUUGUGCCAGGUCCUGCCUUGGCCCGUCUGCAUGCUUAUCAAGCUUUAAUCCAUUUAUCUGUGUGUCUUCACGUCUGUCUGCUGUGCCUCGGACAGUCCCUUUCCCACUGCGAGCUGAUCACAGAUGAUGGCAUCAGAGCUCUGAGCAGCAGUACCUGCGGCCAAGAGCGCCUCACUGUGGUGGAGCUGGACAACUGCCCCCUCAUCACUGACGUUACCUUGGAGCACCUGAAGAGCUGCCAUCGUCUGGAGCGCAUAGAGCUCUACGACUGUCAGCAAGUCACCAGGGCUGGCAUCAAACGCAUCCGGGCCCACCUUCCAGAGAUCAAGGUCCACGCCUACUUUGCCCCAGUGACACCCCCUCCCUCUGUACAUGGAGGUGGCCAGCGUCUGUGCCGCUGCUGCAUCAUCCUCUGACAGUGGAGGGCCAGGGGGGGCCACCUCUGUCUACAGGUCCUGCUGCUCUGAAAUGGGCUGAAAUUGGGUUGGGGGGUUGUUGGGGGGGACUGGGGUAGGUGUAGGGGAGAGGAGGGGCUGGACCCACUCACUGCUCCUGAUUACUGAUCAAAACAUAGACUGAUCGUCACUGAUCCCUGAUCAGUUGAACCCGCCCCUCCUCUCUCCUCUUGCUCACCAAUCAGCUUUGCAGCAGCCCCAGGUUUUUGGCGUGAAGGGGGUCGGGGGAAUGGAACAUGGAUGGAUGGAUGGACUCUCUCUUUUUCUCUCUUUGUCUCAUUCUCUCUUUCUCUCUUACUGUAAGGACAAAAAUACUCCAUCCUGUUUCUCACACCCCUGACCCCCAACCUGUGGGUGUAGAGGACAUCAUCUGGACAGCUGGAGAUUGGGGGUCUGAACAGUGGAACUACAACGCAUCAUAUUCAAACUAAAAAAAAAAAAUGACGAUAUAGUCAUCUUGGACAGCAGUUCGCUCUCUGUGGAGUAUCAUCUCAACCAAUCACAUGACACCUCUAUGUGACCAUUCUGUGAUUCAUUCUGCUUUGACCAAUAAACACGCAGCAUGGAGGGAAGGAGAGCCGGGUUGUAGGAAAUGCAGAUCUUCUGGAUAUAAACAAUGAUGUUUUGGCACAGCCAGCUCAACUCUCUAAUGUGGAAGAAUUGGGAAGAAACAGGAAGUACAGAUUGGGACAUGGUGACAUAUUUGUGCAUCUGAGAAACUUCUGUUGGGAUUUCGAUUCUGUUUGUACAGAGAAUGUUUUGCAAUGGAAAAAAGAAUUACACUUAAUGGCAACUCACUCAAAAUUGGGGUAGGCCAACAAAAUAUUGUUUUGUUUUCUUUUUUUUUCAGUGCUUAUUGUAAUUGUCCAUGCCUGUCUAUCCAGAGAGAGAGAGAUAUGUUCUUUUUGAAGUGGAAAAGAAAAAAACUGGACCUAUGAUUCAGACUCUCAGUGACUAAAAGCAUUGUGUUGACUCUGUAUGCCACUGGGAUGAGUGGCCUCUCCUGUGAACUGCGUUGUUAGAUUGGCUCAUAGGCCCUGAUCCAAUCCUGUCAGUAGCCCUGUGCACUAGCUCCUACUUGACCACUUAAGCAUUUGUUUACAUCCUGGAUUAGCUUAGCACCAGAGACAAACUUGUUUACAUCAGUAGGUUUCCAGUCUCCCUACUGUGCAGAGUAAGUUUAGUACCACUGAUAAAACUGUGGUGUAACCACUGUUUUUACACUGGUCAGUCGCAACAUUAACACAACUUUAAAACCAGAAACCAGUUACUGGUUUUAAUGUUGUGGCUGAAUGAUCUAAUUGAACUGUGAGUCCAUUAUUUUAUUGCUGUGUAUAUUUGGAUUUCAAUCAGGGCUGACAUUGGUGCAACUUUGCUUCAAAAUGAAAUGGAAAUUUGCUUAAAGUUGAGAUGAUAGGCAUUAGAAUUUGAGCAAAGGCACCUCAACCUCUUGACAAUCACAUGAAUUUAUGUAUUUGAAAGUUAAUUUAGUAUAGUCUUGUGUAAUUGGCAGGUUAAUGAUGAUAGGAUAUAAUUAAUUGUCUAUAUUCAAUAUACUUCACUUGCUUAAUGCCCCAAAUAGCACAUCAUGAAUUAUUUAGGAAUUGUAUUUUACAUAUCUGGUGAGAUCUGUGUAUUAAAUUGAUUAGAAGCAAAUUUCCACUCAUCCAAUCCUACAAAGCAGAUAUGACAACAGGAGUGUGAUAUGCAAUGACUGGAAGGCUCCAGAACUGACAGUUUAUUUUACUUUAUACAGACACUCCCUUAGAUCAGCAGGAUCUCAGCAGGAUCUCCUCUCAUAUGUUUUGCCAUGCAGAGUGACACAUGUAUGGGGCAUGAAAUACCACCACUCGAAGCACUGAAAAUACAACAAAACAGAAGCAGCUCGCAAAUAUUGUGCUAGAAAAAGACUGGCAAGUAUUGUGUAGUGCCAAGUGCUCAAAGACAGGGGAAAUUGUCAGGACUAUGGAUGGGACUGAAAUAAAGGAGAGCAGACUGAAAGAUGAAGAUGGACUCAGAUACAUAGCUGACUUGACUGGCUGUGAUACUAAUGCCCUCUCUUUGACAGCUGUUUUAACAGUUUUAUGUUUAAGAAAAUAAAGAAGUAAAUGAAAAAAUAAACAAAUGAAGAAAUAAAAGUGACUAAUAGUAAAUGUG